UAGAACCGGAAGUUAAAGCUUAGCAUCAACAGCUAGAACCUGCACACGAGCUACUGAGUGUUUGUUAUACCGUGUUUACAUUUAUUACACAGCAUCAGGAGCAAAAUCCGCUUUAUUCAGACGUCCUGGAGCCUUCAGCAUGUUACAGACCCCUCUGAUGCCUGUCAGCUUUCUGUCACUUCAGUAAAUUGGGAUGGGACUGACGGGCUUCGGAGUGUUUUUCCUCUUCUUUGGGAUGAUUCUGUUUUUCGACAAAGCACUCCUCGCGAUCGGAAACAUCCUGUUUGUGAUCGGUUUGGCCUUCGUCAUCGGCCUGGAGAGGACGUUCAGGUUCUUCUUCCAGAAGCACAAGAUGAAGGCCACCAGCUUCUUCCUCGGAGGCGUGUUGGUGGUGCUGAUCGGGUGGCCGAUCGUCGGCGUGGUGCUGGAGUUUUACGGCUUCUUCCUUCUGUUCAGGGGUUUCUUUCCAGUGGUUAUCGGGUUCAUCAGGAGGAUACCCAUCCUGGGCUCUUUGUUGAAUCUCCCUUUCAUCAGUGGAUAUGUGGACCGAGCGAGCGAGAGCAACAGCAUGGUAUAACCACACCGUGCGCUUCUUCCUCCUUAUUUACGACGGAUUUCCUGAAGCAAACUUUUAAGAUCCUGUCCUGAAAGCCAUAAUACUUUUUCCUUUUUAAACGGACUGUGUGUGUGUGUGUGUGUGUGUGUGUGUGUGUGUGUGUGUGUGUGUGUGUGUGUGUGUUUGUGUUUUAUUUUGGACCUACGGAAAGCCAAUCCUUGAACUGAGUGUGAACUGAUGCAGACAAUCGUGCGAUGUUAUUUAUACCGGUAUUAUAAGGUCUGUUAUCGCUGUAUCCAAGAAAAAGGGGAAAAAAAUCCCAUCCGUCCUUCUUCGAGUUCACGGAGGGAACGACGAGGACCGACGAAGGGUUCGUUCUGUUACACUGAUGCCACUUUGCUCUGCCCGGGUUCGCUUCAGCUCAGAGCAGGACACCAUGAUGACCUUAACGUCUCUCUGUGUCGAGAGACUGUUGAGUAAAACCUGCUCGGUCUUUGUAAAUACAGUUUAAAAAAACACAACAAACACAGCGCACUUUUAUCAUUAUACAAAAAAGACCAGGAUGUGAUCCGAGUCAUCAGCGGGAUUUCAGCCGCCUGAGAGCAAAUCAUGAUUUUUUCCCCCUCAUUUUUCAUUUAUAUAAAAAGCUUUAUGUUGUAUUUUUACUGUUCAUUUGAAAUAUAUUUCUUUCCUCUUUUUUUUUUUAAAAAAAACUUUUUUUUGUGCAUGUACUGCUCUGUUUUUUUGGGGGUUUUUUUUGGUAGAUAAAACAAUAUCAGUGAAAAUUAGUGAAAAUUCACAUUUUCUAUUAAAUUCUACUCAUAAUAUAUUUUAUUUUAAUGUUUACUUUUUUUAAGAGUUUUCCUUUUUAGUUUAUGGGGUGCCAAUAAUUUAGAAAAAGUGUCUUUAUACUGUAAUUAUUUUACAAUGUGGUGAAAGUAUUUUAAUUCUCUCUUUUGUUUUGUUUGUUUGUUUGUUUUUUUACAUUUUUAAACCUCAUGAUCGAGGCUGAAAUAGAUAUUUUUUAUUUAAUAAGCAACUAUAAAUGUUUUGAAAUGAAUUCUAAAAUAUUUGGUUUGGUUUUAGAAAUCGCUCCUCAGCAAAUUUGUAUGUAAUUAUGUACGUGUUAGAAAGACAAAUUUUGCAUCGCAGUAGGAAAAAAAUUUGUUAAAAUUUGAUCGUAAAAAUAUUGAAAUGAUGAAAAUAAAGAAAAUCAGAAAUUUUUUUUAGGAAAAUUUCAUUUAUUUAGGAUAAAGUCACAUUUUUUUCCUUUGUUUUUCUUAUUUGUUUAUUUAUUUAUUUAUUUUCUAUUUUUUAACUCGUGCCAUAAUAUCAAAAUGUAUUAAAAUCCAAAAUUGUGACAUUUAGUCACUAUUACAAAUAUCCCACAAUUCUAACAGAAUUAGACAGAUUAGGACACGAGCUCGAGUUCAUAAACACCAAAAGUCUGAGAAACUACGAGAGUUGGAGGAUGAUCCUGAACAUGAUGCUCACACCACCGUGCUUCAACAUGCAGGUCUCAGGCUGUUCGAAAUCUUUGGGUAAAAUGUUUCAAUUGUUCAACAAAUAGGCAGAACCUCAGGCAGAAAAUAAAUUCUAAUAAAAAAAUCUAACACGAA